AAUCUGAUCCACUGAAACUCUCAGCUGCGCUCAGGGAGACACCCAAGCCCAUGGAGUCAGUAUGCCCGCGGUUUGCGAACCGUCACAACAGCGAAUAGCUGCUGCCAGCCGCCCGUCAGCUCCGUGAGCAACAAAGAGAAGAACCGAGCAGAUCAUUCAUUCAUUACCUACCCGGAGAAACACUGCUGCUGCUGAACAGCCCCUCCAUUCACAUUCAGUAUGAAGAAAAGCCAUCUGCUCAAAAGGGGACUUCAGGACGCCAACCAGCUGUCAUCACAGCCGGACAAAGUAGGCUGGAUCCGCAAGUUCUGUGGCAAAGGCAUCUUCAGGGAAAUAUGGAGGAAUCGCUUUGUGAUGCUGAAAGGGGACCAUCUGUAUAUCUUUGAGAAAGAGAUGAAGAAUGAUGGGAAGACCCACGAGGUGUUUGACCUGGCUGAGUAUGAGCGCUCAGAAGAGGUACGAAAAGCCAAGAGCCACAGCAAGAAGAACCUCAGCAAGUUCUCCCUCCUGCGCUGCCGGCAGUCUGCAGCCCGGACUCCCAACCUCGUGUUUUUGGCUGUUAGUCCGGAGGAAAAGGAGUCAUGGAUCAAUGUUCUAAAUACAGCUAUUAUCAGGGCCAAGAACCGCAUUCUGGAUGAGGUCAUGAUUGAGGAGGAGAGCCUGUUGGCUCACCCGACACGUGAUCGUGUCAAGAUCCCACUUGGGCGCCGCCUGCCCACGCGGGGUCAUCUUAUGGCUGUGGCCUCAACCUCUUCAGAUGGGAUGCUGACUCUGGACCUGGUGCAUGAGGAGGAUGCCAGCAUGCUGGAUGAGGACUAUGCUGUGUGGGUGAAGGACCAUCGAGGAAACCUAGACGUUUUAGCCCCUGGACGGAAACGAGCCGGCACUGAUGUCUCCAGACCCCGAGUGACCCCUGUGGAGGCCAAGGUGAAGACCAGCAGCCUUCCCCGGGGGAGCGAACUCUCCUGGAGCCAGCAGAGCCAGACCCACACACCUCAGCCUGGCAAAAAGCUGUUUGCUCAGGGCAGGAGUCGCUGCGGCUCCAUGGACGAUGCUUUAUCCCGUGGAGAACGGAGGCCGACCAAAAGGGAUGACCUCAGUCGGCAGGCCGUGCUGUCCCAGAGUCCAACGAGCCACCUGCAGGACCUCAUCAACCAGCGGCUGCAGAGGACCCAGGAGUUACUGGCCAAGGUCCAGGAGCAAGAGCCCAUUAGGGGCCGAAUGGGCUCCUACACCCAUUUGAGGGGCGUUGAUUCCCCAAGACUGCGACACUUAAAGGGCUCCGAGUCGCCCCACUCUAAAAGCUCCAGCUCUCACAGCUCGACUCACGGCAAAAGCGUAGACUCUUCUCCUCAGCUGAAGACAAAAGAUUCCCCAAGCUCAAAGCACAAGGAUUCCCCUCGGGUCAAAGCCAAGGAUUCUCCUUCUUCAAAGUCCUCAAAGUCAUCUCACUCCAAGGCCAACUUUCGUUCAAAAAGCAUCGACUCGCCCGAUUCAAAGAGCUCCAGCUCACCCCAUAUGAAGCAUUGCAUUGACCUGACCCACAUCAAGAGCACAGACUCACCUCUUUCUGCCGGCUCCAGUUCACCCCAUUUAAAGGGUGUAGACUCGCCCAGUUUGUGGCUUUCCAGUUCGCCUCAUUUUAAAGGACCAAAGGGCACGGACUCUCCUCUCGGUGACAUGCUGGACUGGGAGAGCAGGAGGACAGCAGCUGAGCGUCUGCUGCAGGAAGCUCUCUCCGCCUGGGAGGAGGCACGGGAGGUUCUAGCAGAGGUGAGAGAGCUGCAGGCCAGACAGCAGCAAGCAGAGAACAGCAAGACUGCAGCUCCAUCUACACCCUCGAAGGACGACAAACUUGAAAGCCUCUGAUGCCCCAAUAGCCAGUCACAGGGCUUUAAAUGACUCUAUUGCCAACAAUUGACCUGAUAAUGCACAAAAAAUACAUGAAAUGCACUGGGAACUUUUUUAUUACUGUCUUCCCCACUAAAGUUUCUCUACACAGCAUUAUACACUCCAGUCCCUCGACUUUGCCCUGUAAAUGACUGUAAUUUUACUGAAAGUUGUACCAUUUCUCAUUUAAUGUUAAAAGUCAACUUUUUUGCUGUUGUUAACAAAGGAUUUUUUGUUACACCACUCUCAGUGAACCUCACAGGUCUGUGCCAUACUUUUUUUACAGUUGCCCUUAAGGUUAAAUCUGUUUUACAGAGUGUGUGAGUUUUUGAGCAGCGAGAUUCAGUUCUAGGUCAGAUCUGUCCACGAUCUAGACAGGCACAAACCCUGUGGUGAUGUUGUCAUGCAUAGGCCACUUGGCCCUAAUGUGAAUUUGUACAUUGUAACUUUUUACUAUAUUAUAGAAAUGAACAUGCACAUAAUUUGGAAAUAAAACAAUGACUUAUCUUGAUCAAA